AAAAAAUAUCCCUUUCUGCCCAUCAACCUUGGAAACAAUGGCGCAAUCCACUCGUCCCGAUAUCGUGAACAAGCCCGCCGAGGGCAUCUCUUACUUCACCCCCGCUCAAGUCCCGCCCGCGGGAUCCGCAGCGAUCCCCCAGUCUGAUGGAUCACAGCCACCAAAGCUGUUCCAGCCUUUCAAAGUGCGGGGUGUAACCUUUCACAAUCGAAUUGGGCUUUCACCUCUAUGCCAAUACAGCGCCGAUGAUGGCCACAUGACAGAUUGGCACAUGGCCCACCUGGGAGGAAUCGCCCAGCGUGGACCUGGUCUCCUCAUGGUCGAAGCAACAUCAGUACAGCCCGAGGGUCGAAUCACUCCACAAGACCAUGGCCUCUGGAAAGACUCCCAGAUCGAGCCACUCCGUCGCGUGGUAGAAUUUGUGCACAGCCAGAACCAAAUCAUCGGUCUUCAGAUCGCUCACGCAGGACGCAAGGCGAGCACUGUGGCCCCGUGGUUGAGCGCAGGAGAUACAGCCUCAGAGGCAGUAGGCGGAUGGCCGAACAACGUGAUCGGGCCAAGCGAUGUUCCCUUCAAGGACGAAUUUCCGACGCCCAAGGCAAUGACGAAAGCCGACAUUGAACAAUUCAAGAAAGACUGGGUGGCUGCGGUCAAGCGAGCUGUGAAAGCGGGCGUGGAUUUCGUCGAAAUCCAUAACGCCCACGGCUAUCUUCUUAUGAGCUUUGUGUCACCGGCCGUGAAUCAUCGUACCGAUGAGUACGGUGGUAGCUUUGAGAACCGGACUCGGCUGACCAUGGAAAUUGCGAAGUUGACCCGAGAGAAUGUUCCCGAUGACAUGCCUGUUUUCCUGCGUAUCUCCGCCACUGAUUGGUUGGAGGAGUCUAUGCCCGAUGAACCCAGCUGGCGCGUAGAAGACACCGUUCGUCUGGCUAAGGCCUUGGCAGACAGUGGCAAUAUUGAUGUGAUGGACAUCAGCAGUGGAGGGAAUCACAACAAGCAGCAUAUUCAUGCUAGGCCAGCUUUCCAGGCGCCUUUUGCUAUCAAGGUGAAGGAGGCUGUUGGGGAUAAGCUGAAGGUCGGCUCGGUCGGCAUGAUCGACUCCGGCCACAUGGCUAAUGGUCUGUUGGAGAAUGAUGGCUUGGAUUUCGUCCUUAUUGGACGAGGAUUCCAGAAGAACCCGGGUCUAGUCUGGACCUGGGCAGAAGAACUGAAUGUUGAGAUCGGCAUGGCUAACCAGAUCCGCUGGGGCUUCGCCAGUCGUGGCGGUGGACCUUAUUUGAACAAGAAAGUGACUCAGGUGUAG